UAGCAACAAGCACGCGCACAUAAAGUGGCUGGCUAGUUUUUAAGCGUUACGUUAGAUUAGCUAAAUUAGCUAUGCUUAUUUAUCCAGAGUGAGACUUAGCUAUUAGCUGGUUUUCUUCUCGGUUUAGAAGCCGUAGUCAUGUUUGCUUUUUAGCGCCUGACAAACCGUAGACCAGUUAGUUCAGUGUAAGGGCUGCCCUUACUUUUGAAGUAAACACUCCAGACGUCGCAUAAAUGGAUCUAGAAAUCCGUCACUGCUUGAUAAAGACACAGGGAAAAAACGAUCCUGUAGCUCUGAAGAAAGCCUACGCCGCAAUUAAAGAUGUUGUCUCAGGAAAGACGACGUCAGAUGCCAAAUGUCUCCUUCCUGAGUUAUGUGUGUUGUGUGCAGAGCAAGCUUUACGGCUGGGCUGUAAGGAGAUUACAGAAGAUUGCCUAAUGAUGUAUUUUGAGAGCAAACCUUUGCCUAAUCAGUUUCUGUGCCGUGCAUACUUCUGUCAGGCUCAGUUGAACUCAUCUUCUUCUGUCUGCACUGUGGAGGAUAUGGAUAAAGCUGUGAUGUACUAUCUGAAAGCUAUAGAGAUAUCCAAAGACAACCCGAGAUACCAUUUCCUGGUCUUCAACGCAUCACUUCUGUACUUUCAGACUGUGCGUGUGUUCCUGCGGCCUGGCCAACGUCGGCACCUGGUCUCCUCACUCACACAGGUGCUCAGUGCUCUGGAGGUGGUGCAUGAGCCUGACUACGCUUGGCGGGCUGAACUGAUGCUACUGCUUGUUGAAUGCCUAGUGGAUGCUGGAAAAUACAAAGAGGCAGCUACUUUUGCCAAGGUCACCUCUGAUUUUAUAGAACUCCAUAAACCUGAGAUGUAUCCCCGCAUUUUCUCCAUACAGGUACGAUAUAACCUUAUAGAUGCCUCCAAAACUUUGAAAAAAACAAGUCCAAAAUUACUUGUCAUCUACAAGAUGCAGAAGCUCAAACACAUGGCUGAAGUGAGUGAAGGACAGAACAAGUCUACUGAACUGAUGGAGAUUUUCCUCUUGCUGACUCAAUCAUCACAGCCCCAGUCACCUGCCUCUCACAGAUCUAGUCAUGAUCUUGAUGAAAGCUCCCCUAUUCCUUUGGCUGACAGGACUGAGCUUCUGUUGGAGUUGGCCUUUGUCUCUCUACAGUUGAAAGAGCACAAAAUAGCAGAAGACUGCCUGAAGGAGCUAGAAGCCACUGAUGCUGCCACAAUCGCUCAACGCAUUAUGAAGGAGUGUGUUGAGUGUGAGCUGGCUCUAAAGAAACUGAAUGGCCACAUUGAGGACUACACCAAAAGCAGUGUGGAGGCCAGACUAGCUAUUGUUGGCCGAUUGGAUACAUUGCUCCAGAGGGCAAUAAAGGAGGGAGAUGGUCAGGUGACGCAGUGUGUGUGUGCUUCUCAGUGGAACAGCUGUCUGCCUCUGCUGCAGACCAACCUUCGGAGGAGCAUCAAAAGACCUUUGCUUGCUCUUGCACAUGCACUGGAGGAUAUUAACAGCAUGUUGUUGGACAUGCGGUGUCAAGUGCAUGCUGAGCUGGCUGCUAUAGAAGAGGAAGAGCAGAGGUUGGAGCCUGCAUUAAAACACCUCCAUACAGCCCUGGGUCUGGAUGAGAAAGGCCAGUACCAGCAGCAUCUGUCCUCCUCCUUGCACCUCCUUCAGCUGCACACUAGCAUCUACACUACGCCCACACGGCCAGAGGACCAAGCUGCUAUGCUCAUCCAGCAGGCAAAAGAGGGGAGUGGCUGUGAGCCAGCAAAGAAGUGGCACCCCAUGUUGAUUACUGCUGGAAUUGCUCUGGCACCUGACUCCUUCCAGAUGGUCCUGGAUGCAGACAGUGCAGUAAAAGUUUCAGGCAGCAGUCCCCAGGGCCAGGGCCAUUUGGAGCAGCUUGCUGCCAAGGCCCAGCAACACAUGACUUGUGUGCAAAGGGUAGAAGGUCAACUAGCCAGUCUGGAGAGAGGCACAGAUGAUCGAGAGAGGAUGAGAUUAUGGGCGUCUCUGGUGAAGGCUGCACGGAAACAGGAGCUGUGGGAUGUGUGCAGGACAGCGUGCCGCUUCUGUCUGCUCUAUGAUGAUGGUAGAUGGAAAAACAAACGUGAGCUGAUGAAUGAGAUAAAGCCAGUGGAAGGCAAGCACAGUGACCAUGGAGUGGCAGCAGUAGGACUGAAUCAGGGUGGGGAGAGAGAUCUGCUGCGUCUGCUGUCCGAGGUUCGCUUCAUCUGUGCAGAGGCAACCAUACACAAACUUCGGUCUGAGGGGGUAGAACUUAAUGGCUCGCCUGUUCUACCCAUUGAGGGAGUAGCACGCCCACCCGAGGAUGAUCAUCACUGGGCUCUGUACAGUGAUUGGAUUCGAGAGCUGUCAGCCUAUGCUACGUCUAAUUUCCUGCGAGGGGCUGAACUGGGGGCAGAAAUUCAGGAGGAGUGGGUUGUGGUUAACGCAGCUGUGUACCUAUGGAACUAUAACAGCCAGUUGCUGGCCACGAGGGGACACGGCACUCUCCUGGCCACAUUCAGUCGACUAGUGGAGCUACUCAAACAGACAGGCCAUGCUGGGGAGGUGGUGCUUCUGGUCUUUUUGUGUGAUGCUGUGGCUAAGGGUAUCAUCCAGCCUUGGUAUGAGACAUCUGGACAGAUCAAACAGGAGCAAGAUAGUGGAAAAGGAGGGAUGCAGCAGCAGGCUGACAAGGCAAAAAAAGGUGGAGGAAAGAUCUCAGAGAAAUCAGGCUCUACCCACUUCCUUACUUUGGAGGCAGCUACUGUACAGGACAUCAAGAAGGCUUUAGAGAUGUGCGACUAUGCUCUGCGGCUGUGCAAUGGGAAUGAAGAGACGGUGCCCAUCAUGGUAAGGAAACAGCUCAUCAGCACAUGGGUGAAAACCAAACGCCUGCUGCAGCAGCAGAUUGGACAGAAACUCGACACUGAUGAUGAGAGUAAAAAUGAGGCUGUGGCAGCCAUGUCCCGUGUGCUGGUUGGAGUGGAGAUGCUGCUGUGUAAUACUAAUCCCAGACUAAUGGAGUUCACCGUACCCAGCCUUGGAACGCUGGCACAAAUGGCAUCUGACUGUAAGUGGUCUGAUCCAGUGGUGGAGCUGUAUGUGUGGUUUCAGCUUGCUCACUUUGCCCACCAGAGCCAAGAUCAUGACCUGCUUAUGACCUGCACACAGAAUGCACUGCAACUGGAGAAAACUGCCAUUCAUAAGGCAAAGGUUACAGCAUGCAGCCUGUACAGUGUGAGAACAGUGAAGGAGAUGUUGAGCAGCUCUGCAUGUUUAAGAGGACUGAGUAUGCUCCACAAGUCCGUUGGCAAUUCUGCAAGCUAUACAGCAGCGCUGGGCAUGCUUCAGUCUAGCAUCAGCUUUGCUGAACAGGCAGGUAGCUGGUCUCUGUGUGGGACUGCAGCCAAGCACUACUGGAAUGCCUGCCUUCCUCUUCUAACCAGUCCUGAGCAGAGAAGGCAGCUCAAAGAACCACUGGAGCACAUCGUGAAGGCCCUGACCAACACCUACCCUCGAACAGGCACUGAAAAACGUGAGAAGGAAACACAAACAGAGCCUUUGACCUCAGCGCUGGACACUGACAAUAAGGCUGAAGAUGACCUGGCAGUGAGGGCAGCUAUGUACAAUGUACUAUUUCAUAUCUAUACUGACAGUGGUAGCUGGAAGAGCGGCCUGAAGAUCCUGGACCGGGCCAUCAUGGAGAUGCCACACAGCCCACAGAGACUACUCCUUUAUAAGCAGCGGGUGCUGGCGAAGGCUAAGCUGGGGGAGAGUAUUGUGCUGGAUAUGCAGAGGUUUAAAGAAGAGGGAGAGCAGGCCUGUGCUCUGAUGUGGCAUCGUGUGGCUCUCUGUGCCAAAGAUACACAGCAACAGUUGGCGUGCUACCAGAAUGCCAUCAGUACCCUAAAGAGUGCCAGUAGUCAGUGGCAGAAGGUGGAUUUCCUGCUGGAAUUUGGGGAGUGGCUGUACUAUAGUAAUUUUCCUGUGGUAGAUGCACAGCUGCAGAUUCAGAGUGCCAUAGACAUUCUCCUCACUGCCACCCCUAACACAAGCCAGAGCCCCGAGACCUCUGGGCGGCCAGAAGGGGUGAUUCCAGUCAGCUAUCUAUCUGAGCUGAGGGAAGUGUGGCGUUUAGAUGGCCUAGUGAGAGCACACACGCUGCUGGCUUUCAUGGAGUCCAGAGUAUCCCCCCUGCACCAGCAGUACAUGCUCCUGGCGUAUUCCUCUGUGUUGCAGAUCUGGCAGGUGUCAAUGGAAUCAGCACAGGAAGUCAUUAAAGAGGAGCGGAAGAAUCCUGCUGUCAUUGCUCCACCUACGUCAGCAGCCAGCACCAAAAAAGACAAGGAAAAAGAGAAAGAAAAGGAGAAAGGGAAAAAGUCAAAAGAGUCCCCUCUUGUUGAGAAAAGGCUCAGAGGCUCAGUUUCAGACAUCUUCCUGCCUUCCAGCCCAGAGGAGUGGGCUCACUUUGAAUGUCCUGAGGAGGUCCGCCAUGCUUUCAGACAUGACAGUGGCCCUUACUCCAUCAACACGCACAGCAUCAGGGUGCAGAGCCGAACUCUAUUCUAUCUGGAUGUCCUAGUGAAAGAGCUGGAGUCUAUAUCUCUGACCCCACUUACCCUGGUUCCUCUGCACUUGGCUGAGGUCAUUGCUCAUGACCUCUCUCUCAGCAAGAGUCACUCCGACCUGUACCGACUCAGGAUAGUGAAGACCUGUUGCGACCUGGGACUUGAGUCUUCAUCACCAUUCAGAGAAUCAUUACUGAGCUUUGCUUGUGUUCCUGAAGAUGAGCAGAUGGUGUGUCGAAAUGCAAUUGCUCUCCAGAGAGAAAGAAAUGGAUAUGAAUCAGAGAGUAAAAUCAAGACAGAUGAGCUGCUGCCUCCUCACAGUGGGAGCACUGCAGCUGUAGAUAGUGUGUCCAGGAAGAGGUUGGGCUGGUGCACUGUGCAGGAGCUGUGGCUGGACAAGGCUGCUCUGUGUCUCAGUAUGGGCCUGUACCAGUCUGCCAGGAGCCUGCUGGCUGAGGCUCACCUGGUGGCCAAGGGACUUGGAGAAAAGAUGUCAUUUGCUAGAAGUUACCACUUGUUGGCUGUUCUGGCCAGUCAGGAGCAGCAGCAUGGUCAAGCCCUUGCUUUAUUAAAGCAGGCUGAGGAGAUAGGUGGGGAUGAAGAUUUCUGGUUCCACCUCACUCAAAGCCUCCUGAACACCACAGCCAACUGUGCGGGAGAGGACAUGUACAUCCAGGUGUGCCAGAUAGUAGACAGAGCCAUCAGCCUUCUCAGAUCAGCUCUCGAGCAGAGACCAAAUCGAGCUCCUGUUCUCCAUUUCUACAUCGCAUCACUGCAGGCAAAAGGCGCAGUGCUGUGUCGCUCUACACUAAGGCCUGCUUGUGCUGACCGGGUCAAAACGGUGGAGAGACUGAAGUCAAUUUGUGACACUCUGAAACACAGUGCUGCAGCUCUACUCCAGCAUGGCUACAGAACCCCUGCUGCGGAGACAACUCUAGAGCAGGCAAACUCUCUGAGAAUGCUGGCCAUGCUUACUUCCGUCAAAGAAGAGAAACAGCAGCACCUACUCGAUGCCCUUGUGCUUAUGCAGCAGGCUGUGUCUCUGCAGGAGGAAGUGCUUUCCCAUUGCCUCAAGCUUCUCCCAACUGAGUGUGGGCGAUAUAGCCUGCCCGCAGUGCGUGUGUGUGUGGACUUUAGGUUGGCUCUGGUUAAUCUGGCUCUGCUGAUGCUGGAGAUGCAGUGUGAGGAGGAGUUGCUUAAAGUGAGACUCCGAAGCUGGAAGAGCUCCAUUGAGAGAGCUGUGGAGGACUACAUCUUGAGCAACACAGACCUGAAUGCUCUAGAACAGGAUUGGCUGACUGUGACUCAGUCCCUGGGUCAGAUGGCUUUGACUCAGCUGUCUGUGAUCAACUCUCUUUCACUGGACUGCAUAGAGACCAAAGCUCGCUCCAUUGCCAUGCUCGGAAGGUGUCUGAGAUUGAUAGCGCUGCAGAGAGAUCCACUCUGCACCAUUCCUUUGUGGGAUGGACCAGUCAUGGUGGAGAACAGAGAAGAGAGAAAGGCAAAUGAGGGUGAUGAUGACGAUGAGGAAGAGGCAUGCAUGGGAAGAGUGGAUGGGAGCACAAUACAGAAUGGAGAGAGCACUGCCAAAAGUGUUGAACUGCAGACAAAUAGGAGGGCAGUGCAGCAGAAGCUGGCCCAGGCGAGUGAGACUCUGGCUCAGGCUCUGAGCUUGGCUCUGCAGCACAACUUCCCCCAUGUACUCUCUCAAGUCUGUGUGGACUUGAUUGAAUGCUACAGCCAGUAUGACCCAGCAGUCUGUGGCCAGUACCUUGCUCUGCUACAGAGCUGUGUGUGCUGCGCUGACAUGUCCAGCAUUUUGCAUGCUGCAUGUUCAGACCCUGGUCAUUCUCAAUUGGCUGCCCUGCUGGGUCUGCAGAAGACCCUUCAGUCCUCUCCACAAGUCCUCCUCUCAGCAAUCGACCACUCACUUCACUCACUCUCCAAGGGCUACCAGCACUUGACUAUAAACCCUAACCACCUGAGCUUGCUGGGAGAAAUGCCACCCAAUCUCAAAAUCCUUCUGCUGCAGCACUCUCAAGAUGGUUCAGUGCUGUAUGGGGCUUUCUAUGAGAAGACAAAAGCCACUGAGAGUCAGAAAGGGAAGAGCAUGCAGAUAGCAGCAGGUGGGUUAGCGUGUUCCAGAGUGGCCAAGGCUCGAGUCCAUCCUUCUGUCCUGCACCAGCUCCAAGACCAAGUGCAAGCCUUCAGACACCUUGCAGCACAAGCCCUGCUUGCAGAUUCUCGCAACCACAUAUGUGCAAUACCAGAACAUUGCACUCAACUGGACGACAGCACAGACAGAGAGUUGGGGUUACAUUUGCAGGCUAUAGUGAAAGAAAUGAAUGACUAUCUGGAUCCUGUUCUCUCUCAGUUUGACUUCUCCUGUUUUAGCCAGCGCCCUCCAUCGAUAUCCAUCGGCGAGUCGGCCCGGUCCAAAGACAAGGAGGAGAGAGGGACUGCAGAUAAAGCUCUGCCUGUAGGAUCACCUGCAGAGCAGGGGGAGUGUGUGGUACUAUUAGCUGACAGGAUGUUGCUGGAGAUGCCGUUAGAAGCUCUGGCAGUUCUGCAGGGGGAUGGAAUCAGCUCAGUGUCCCGGGAUUUCUCUCUGCAGGUCUUCCACACACGCCUCCAGAGAGAACAGCCAGUUGAAAGUGACCAUAAAAAAGAGACCAAAGGUGGAAAGCCAGCCAAGGGGAAAGGAGAUCAAAGCAAAGCCAUCAAAGUGGUCCCAGUAAACCGUAUCUUACCUUUAAACACUCUCCCAGUGGACACUCACAACUUCAAAUAUGUUGUUGAUCCGCAAAAUGAUGGGGGAGACUGUGAAUGGAGCAGUCCAGCAGAGAGAAUGAGGAAAACUCUAGAGAUGUACUCUCAGCAGUUCACACCUCUCUGGGAUGGGAUCAUUGGCAGUGAGCAUGUCUGCAGUCCUGCAGAUCUGGAGCCUCUGUUGGCAAACUGCAGUUCUUUCAUCUUCUAUGGCACAGAGCGCUUUCUCUCCCACAUUUCACCUGCCAGGCUAGUCACCCUCAACCUGACUGAAUGCCAGAUGGCUAUCCUCUUUGACCUGGUUCAGAACAACACUAGUAUGCUUCGUCAGUCUCAACAGGAUGUCCAAAAAAGUAAGGCCCUCUUGGCUCUGGAGGCUCCAUUACAGUGUGUGUAUCUGCUCACUCUCUGUGGAGUUCACUCUGUAAUGCUCAACCAGUGGUCCAGCAGCGCGAAGACUAAUGCUCAAAAUAUGGAAGCCAUCAUGGAGAAUCUCUUGAAAAAAGGACUGCUGUCUGGCCAGUCUGUCCACACUUUGAGGAGGAGCGCAAGUGUUACUGAAAGAGAUGUAAACGCUUUGGGCCAGAGAGUGGCUAUGUGUCCUAUUGAUGUGGACAGUGUACUAGGCUGCGGUUCACCCUCUUCUCUCAACUUCAUCAUCUAUGGACUACCUAAUUUAGUCAUUACCUGACCCUCUGGGGCUGUUCAGGAUUUAACUCCACACAGCAAGGAAUGUUGAAAAUAGUCUAAUAAUGCUAUUGCCCCAGGCUCAAAACUUUGACACAAACACGUACCUAAUAAGAGCUUUUUAUUAUUUUUCCAGAACUAUUAUUGUAUUCCACUUUUUUCUUUUUUAAAUUUGAUCUACUUGUUUUAUUACUCUCAAUAAAAAAUAAUCUUUCAGUAGACUUUGACCACAGUGCUUCAGAGCAUUUUAGAGGAGAUGAAAAAGUUUAUUUCAGUCACCUACAGCCUACCCAAAAGGUUUCUGGGAGAGUGUUUGAGCUUAUGGAACAUUCAGCAAAUAAUUUAAUAAAGUAGAUUUUAAAGCCAUGGCCAUGUCAAA